UCUGACGACUUUUCUACAACACGGGAAAACAUGGCGUCGUUCGCGGGAGAUCGCUGGAGGGAAGCGCUGAAGAACCACGAUAUUUUCAGUAAAUUACAAGAAAGGCUUCAUUUAGAGCCUCAGGGGACAAGCAAAAGAAUAGCCAAGAACCUUACGUUUUGUCUGAACGGUGACCUAUUCAUAUGGGACAGUGUUGAGAGUGUGUUUUACACCACAAACCUGCGACAGCUGAACACCGACGGCGACACAGACACUUCUAAAUACCAGACUCUGCUGUGCAUCAACCCGCCGCUGUUUGAGGUGUGUCAGGUGCUCGUCAGCCCCGCGCAGUAUCACGUGGCUCUCAUCGGUCAGCGGGGAGCGACUAUACUGGAGCUGCCUCAGCGCUGGGGCAAGAGGUCAGAGUUCGAGAGUGGCCGCGUCCAGAUCAACUGCAAGACGAUUCCUGUGGCUGAACGUUUCUUCACUAGUUCUCCCUCUGUGACACUCCGACAGGCUGCCUGGUAUCCCAGCGAAACUGAGGAGCCUCAUCUGGUUUUUCUGACCUCAGAUAACACCAUCAGACUUUACAAUCUUAAGGAGCCACAGUCCCCCGCCAAAGUUUUAUCUGUGUCUCAGGUAGACGAGGAAAGCAUUGUUCAUACAAGAGGACGCUCCUAUGCAGCAUCUCUGGGGGAGACGGCUGUGGCAUUUGACUUCGGACCGCUGGCGGAUUCUCCUCAUCUGAGCGGUCUGCGUAUAAAGGCAGAGCUGCUGGUGUAUCCACUGUACAUUCUGUAUGGGAAUGGAGAGACGUUUCUGAGCUAUAUUUCUCUCACACACAGUGUCAGUAAUUUAGGGAAGCCGAUGGGCCCAUUACCCAUGUACCCCGCAGCAGAAGAUAACUAUGGCUAUGACGCGUGUGCUGUGCUCUGCCUGCCUUGUGUGCCAAACAUCCUGGUUAUUGCCACUGAAUCAGGAAUGCUGUACCACUGUGUGGUGCUGGAGGCAGAGGAAGAGGAGGAUGGCGGAGCUGUAGAGAGAUGGUCCAGAGGCUCAGAGACGGUGCCUUCGCUUUAUGUGUUUGAGUGUGUGGAGCUGGAACUGACACUCAAACUGGCUGCUGGGGAGGAGGAAGAGGAGAUUACAGAGUCAGAUUUCACCUGUCCAAUCAGAUUACACCGAGACCCUCUGUGUCAGCACAGGUACCACUGCACACAUGAGGCCGGUGUACACAGUGUAGGACUCAUCUGGUUCAAAAAACUACACAAGUUUCUGGAGUCUGAUGAGGAGGAUAAAGACAGUCUGCAGGAGCUGGCAGCAGAGCAGCGCUGCAUAGUGGAGCACAUCCUGUGCACCAGACCUCUCGCUAACAGUUUGCCGGCUCCUGUUCGUGGGUUUUGGAUAGUGUCAGACCUGUCCCUGGGAGCCACCAUGAUCUGCAUCACGAGUACCUACGAGUGUCUCCUGCUCCCUCUGCUAAGCUCUAUUCGUCCACCGUCCCCUCCAUUGCUCUGCUCUCAUCCGGGGGCGGGGUCAGGAAGCUCUCCUCUGCGUGGAUUGGCUGAAGACUCCUUUGAACAGCAUAUUCGCAACAUCCUGGCACGCAGCUCAACCAAUCCAUUAAUGCUGAGGGCGGGUGAUAAGGACUCGUCUCCUCCUCCUCCAGAAUGUCUGCAGCUGUUGAGCAGAGCCACACAAGUGUUCAGAGAGGAGUACAUCCUCAAACUGGGCCUGGCUCAUGAAGAAAUGCAGAGAAGAGUAAAGCUCCUGACCAGCCAGAAGAAUAAGCAGCUGGAGGAUCUUGCUCUUUGUAGAGAAGAGAGAAAAAGCCUGAGGGAGGCUGCGGAGCGGCUGGCUGAUAAAUAUGAAGAUGCCAAGUAUCAUCAGGAAGCCAUCAUGAACAGGUUCACCUUUCUUUGAAUUUAGUUAAAUAGAAAUAUUUUGAA